CUUCACUUUCUUUCAUUUCUUCCUCUUUUUGUGUCUCUCUUUCAUUACCUAAGAAUGACUGUCCCAAGCAUCCCAGUGGUUGAUUUUUCUGACUUUGAUGCUAGACGCAAUGUCAUUGCAGAGCAAGUCUUUAAUGCGUGCAAAACGCCGGGCCUCUUUUACAUUAUCAAUCACUCGUUGUCUUCGUCCCAAGUCGCACAAGCUUUUGAUCUGAGUAUGGAAUUCUUCGAGUUGCCGGCUGAGAAGAAGGCUGAAUAUACCAAAGUGGGCGAGUCCUUUGAAGGAUACCUCAGUCUUUACAACCAGAGGUCGGAUUACGGAAACAAAGCACAGCCAGAUCAUAAGGAAGCGUACGACUUCAUACCUUUCAGAGACGAUAAUAACCCUAGUCAUCCGAUGCCAAUCACGUUCUUGGAGCAUAAAAAUGACAUUGAGGCGUUCUCGAAGGACCUGCACGCCGUGGCUUUGCAAGUAUUGGAGUUAAUUUCAAUGGGACUCAAGCUCCCCUUUGAACAACAGCAGCCAUCCAGAGAUGACGGAGGUACAAGUGAUUGGCUAAGUCAGCGGCAUCGCUACAGCAUGCCCAAAACGCCGGGUGUGCUCCGUCUCCAGCGAUAUCCACGCGGCGAUGCAGAGAAACACAAGGAUGAGCUCCAGGCUGGCGAGCACACCGAUUUUGGAACAAUCACCUUGCUUUUACAUACGGAUGUACCUGGCUUGGAAGUGAAGUUGAAGGAAAAUGGUGAAUGGAUCUCUGUGCCUCCUCUAAACGGGAAUGCUAUGAUAGUCAAUGUUGCCGGCAUGCUGAGCUACUGGACGCAUGGUCUAUUCCAUGCCCCUUUCCAUCGUGUUGUGUUUACACCAGAGCAAGAGAAAAAGGAUCGAUAUUCUAUUGCGUACUUUUUGCAACCUGAAAGUGGCGUAAAGUUGACGGAUAUGCCGAGCCCAGUAAUUCCAAAGUUGCGACCCGCUAAUGAAGAUGUACCACAUGAUAUUAUUGCACGGACAUCCGAUGAUUACUUGGAAUAUCGCUAUCGAAAGUCUGUCGAAAGACAGAAAGACGACCAUUGAAAGCGCCAUUGGUCGUAGUAGCAGUAACUUAGUAGUACAGUCAUUUGCGAAAUAAAAAAAGGUUGUCUUUGGAAUGACUUGUAAGGUCGCGUAUGCUCUUAUACUUAAAUCCGUUUGGAUAAGAAUGCUAUUCAAAUCGACAAGUCAUCUAGAUUCCGAGUACAGCAUUGAUGAAUCGGCAACAGAAGCACCACUGCUUAAAAUCAG